UUUACAUCUGGAAGGAACUUCCUGAAAAGGGAGAAAAGAAAGAGGUUUGCGGUUGGUGAGGGUGUGUUAGACUCACUCCGAAGCGUUUAUUAAAGAACAUGCACGGGGAAUGGAUGGUCGUUAUGCGGUGUGGAUAAUUACUGACACUUCUUCUGAUGCUGCUUGACGAAGAAUGAGAAAUGGCUCUUUUGAGGAAAAUCAACCGCAUCCUCCUCACGCUGCUGGUUCUGAUGGUAUGUCUCAUCCUCCACAGUAAGCUGUUCAGAGCAUCACAUCGGCCUAAACACACAGGAUCCUAUACAGAAAUUAAAAGGGAUCCUGGACAUGAACCUGAUAUUGCACUGGAGAAGCCCUCAAACAUCAUACCAGUGGUCAUCUGUGCAUCUGAGGAGCGCAUAGGGGGAACCAUGGCAACCAUCAACAGUAUCCAUAGUAACACGGACGCCAGCGUGUUAUUCUAUAUUGUCACUCUUCGUGAGGCUGUGAAGCUUACACGACAGUACAUAGAGAAGACCAAGCUGAAGGGAAUCAAGUAUAAAAUUCUGGAGUUCAACCCUAUGGUACUGAAAGGAAAGGUGAAACCAGACUCCUCCCGGCCUGACUUGUUGCAUCCACUUAACUUUGUGCGCUUUUACCUACCCAUGCUUGAUAUCAACCAUAAAAGAAUCAUCUACCUGGAUGAUGAUGUAAUCGUACAAGGUGACAUCCAGGAGCUGUACCGAACCAAGCUGGCGCCAGGCCAUGCUGCUGCCUUCGCCACAGACUGUGACCUGCCCUCCACACACGAGGUCGUGCGCAGUGUGGGCAUGCAGCCUGUCUCCCAGACUACAUACAUGGGAUUUCUGGACUACAGAAAACAGGUGGUGAGAGAUCUGGGAAUCAAUCCAAGUGAUUGCUCCUUCAACCCCGGAGUGUUUGUUGCUGACAUGGCGGAAUGGAAGAAGCAGAAAAUCACCAAACAGCUGGAGAAAUGGAUGCAGGAGAACUUCAAGGAGAACCUCUACAGCAGUGCCAUGGCAGGGGGCGUGGCCACUCCGCCCAUGUUGAUUGUGUUCCAUGACAAGUACACGACCAUAGACCCACUGUGGCACGUCAGACACCUGGGCUGGAGUCCUGACGCCAGAUAUUCGGAGACCUUCCUCCAAGAGGCGCACUUGCUGCAUUGGAAUGGCCGCUUCAAACCUUGGGACUAUCCCUGCGUCCACCUGGACCUGUGGGAAAAGUGGUUCAUCCCUGACCCCAAUGGCAGGUUCUCUUUGAUCCGGCCCAAGUGACACACCAUGGCUGUAGACUGUACCACAUUAGGACCAGGCGUUUGUGAAGUGUCUGGCUUUCCAGGACCUGCCGAGUGGUGUCCUGAGGCUGUGUAAGGACAGUAGCUGAUAAUGUGGUUUCCUCGUGAAACCAAAUGUUUGCUGUUUGAAUACUGUUUGAUAAGAAUCUUGUUGUAUUCUUCUUUUUUUUGUUGUCGAUCAAAACAGUAUUAUCGUUCUCUACGAAAUGCAAUGCCUACUCUUGGCUAGUAUUGAAAUGAAUAGUAAGAUGCCAUUGAUGUGUGUAUUGUUGUUUUUCGUUGCACAAUCCAUAAUUGUGUUCAAUGUAUUACCCUUUAAGGAUCUGUUUUGAAUAAAAUGUUGAAUUCAACUCCUAAAAGAAGACCAAUCAGACCAAAGGUUCCUUUUCCGGAAACAUUUAAUUGUUCUCGUGACAGGAAGUCAACACUCUAUAACCGGUCAGUUAAAUAUUAACAAUUUACAGUCAUGAGCAACAAGUAAAAUGUCUCAUUCAAAACGCUAUAUCCUGCUUGACAAAAAUACAAACUCAAUGAACAUUUUUGAAUUACAUGAUGUACCUCGUGCAAUUAUCUAUGACAAAGAUAUUCUUCUUUACUAGGAAGAUCUUAAAAGUCUAUGAGUCUGUGGACCAAACGUCUUCCUGACAUAUAGCGUUUUGGCAUGAAACACCAACUGAAAACACAAGAA